GCUUGGAGCUCAGGGACUUAAAGCUGCAUUGAUAGGAGGCCACUUCUAUUUUUUAUUUUCUUUUAAAAAUGAAGAUUAAAUACAAAGCACCUUCUGGCAAAAAUAUUCUCCCAUUUGUGGGAGUGGGCGGCUCUGGAUUCCAGACGGGCGUGCAGUCAACUAAAAAGGAGAAGUGAAACGAAAGCACAGAACAAACACUCUCCGUCUUUGCAAAGGCAAGUUGAAUACGCUGUUAUGAAAAGCCAUUUCUUCCUUCUUGUUUUUCCCUCUCUUUCUUUCUCUCCCUUUCUCUAAAAUCUCCACUAGAAUUCUAGCCCCCCACGUGCUAGAACAGGGAAGAAGUGAAAAGCAAAACAGAGCAAGAAGGAAGAAGAGACUCUUUUCGCAGAACUGGUCAUCCGGAAUAGUAGACCUGCUUGUCUGAAGAAGGAGGGGUGGGACGAUUCAGAAACGAACUGCUUAAGAAUAAGGAACUCUUUCUGGGGAUCAUGCCCCAGCUUCAUCUCUUCUUCAUGGUUUACCUUGCUUCCUUCCAUUUCUCUCUCUCCUUCCACAACAGUGAAUGCGAUACAUACCUCGGACAUGUCUGCAAGAAUCAUGUCAGCUUCGUACCAGGCCAUAAUUACAUCGGGGAGGGAGUUGAUAUCACCACUCUGGAGAAGAAAGGGGCUUACGUGGUGGACAUCAGCAAGUGGCAGGGACCCAAUGGGACAUGUACUCUCUGUCGGAAUCAUAAGAUGGGUGAGCAGCUGCAGAGACUUCCCCUGGUUGGGGUGGAUUGGCGGCAGAAGGAAAACUGCCAACAACAAGCAAGCAACUUUGUGGAUGAGUUAGAUAUAGAUGUGGCCAACGCAGUAGCCAAAGAAGUGAAAAAUGGCUGGGAAAUGGAGCUGGCUGAGGAUUUCAUGACGGAGGACCUGGGGUUCUUCAAAGCUCAGGUUGCUUUUGCUGGCUCUCACUCUAAUACAGCCAUUUGGGCAUAUCAGAAAACCCGCGAAGACCGAUACAGCUUUCUGAGGAAUGAGAUUGCAUGCGAACAUUACAGUUUGAGGCUUCAGACGAAUCCUCUGCUGUCCUUCCAUUUUGCUCAGACCAUCGGCAGGUUGCCCCCCAAUCAUGACCCUGAGGAAUACCAGCAUUUCAUCAAUAUCUACGGCACCCAUUAUAUCAACCGGGUGUAUCUAGGUGGACGAGCUCGUUACUUGAUGGCUUUGAAAACUUGUGUCAUGACCUUAAUGGGGCUCACAGCCGAGAAUGUCAAGGUCUGUUUGGAUAUGGAGACAAACCUGAAACAUAGAGGGCUUUGGGGAUCUAUUUCCUUCCAUUCCAAAUGUGCCAAGCUCUGGUUCGGGAAAUCUAAAUCCAGCUUCCACGACCUUCAUUUGACCCAGCACACAGAGGUAGUUGGCGGUCACAAAAGGAUGCUCUUCUCGGAAAGCAGAGACGUGCACCAUCUCACGGAAUGGAUCGAGAGUACCAAAAGGACACCUGGGUUGGUGUCUUAUUCCCUUUUACCUCUACACACCUUGUUGAACAAAACAGACCCCAGGAGGAAUUUUUUAAAGCAAGCCAUUGUGAGCUACAUUAGAAGAAGGGCCCUAAGGAGGGACUGUCGCCAAAGCUGUCCCAAAAACUUCAACAGUUGGGUCCGAAAGUGCACUUGCAUGUGUAUACCCAACGGUGUCAUCAACGACAAAUGUUGUGGCACUGAGGUAGGCAGGGCUUACCUCAGGUUCCAUGUACACAGCGGAUCCGGUCUUUGGGGCGACUAUUUUUCCUCCACCGAUGCCUACGUCAAAUUUUUUUUCCAAAACCAGGAAAGGCGCACUAGGGUCAUUGGUGGGAACAACAAUCCUCAGUGGUCAGAAAAUCUGAACUUUGGGGCUGUCACAUUGGAUGGCAAUGACAACUUUGUGAUGGAGGUUUGGGACAGCGAAGUCUGGCAUGAUGAACUCUUACAUCGAUGUCGUGGGAGGCUGAGGUCAGGCCUUAGCAACUGGCACAAAUGCUACCUCCCACAUGGACACGUUAGGUUCUAUUACGUGUUGACGUGUGCCCCUACUCUGACCGGGUCCAGCUGCCAUGAUUAUAUCCCUUUGCAUCUGCCAACCUCCUAUUUCAAUGACACUAAUCCUGACUGGGAAACUUCAUGGUCACACAAAUUUCGUACCUAGCUACUGCAUGGGUACAGCUCAUACUGCUAAAUUAAGCAGGGGUGGGCUUCAAAAAUUUUAGCAAGGGGUUCGCUGCCUGGUUGCUGGGUGGGUGUAACCAUGGUGGGUGUAACCAUGGUGGGUGUGGCCUAGUUGGCCUCCUGCACCAUGGCAGGGGGGGUCCUUUUUGCCCUCCCCUGGCUCCGGAGGCUUUCCUCGAGCCUUCGGGAGGGCAAAAACGGCCUCCCCAGGCUCUGGAGGCCCUCUGGAGGCUGGAAAUGGGCCCAUUUCUGGCCUUCCUGAACUUCCGGUAGGCCCAUUCUUUGCCUUCCCCAAGCCUCCACAUGCACCCUGCACUUACCUGCAUCCAAAAUGGGUCACGUGGGGACUCCUGGGAAGAGAGAGGAGGGGUGAGCAGGCAAGCCAGGAGUGGGAUUUGGGAGUUCUCCGAACUGCACAGAACCUUAGCUAGAUGUUCUCCCAAAUCCCUGCGAACCCCCAGCAGCCCACCCCUGAAAUUAAGGCAUUAUUCAGAUUUGGAAAGAAUCUAAUAGGAAUCCCUAUCAAUUUUCUUCCAUACAACUGGGAAAGAGUUAUCGAACAGAUAAUUUCUAGAAAAUGUACUCUUGUCUUCACCUUCCAGCCCCAAUUGAGCCUAACAUUUCUGUUGUUAAGUGAGAGAAUUGUUAGGUGAAUUCUGCCCCAUUUUAUGCCUUUGCUUGCCACGGUUGUUAAGUGAAUCAUCGCGAUUGUUAAGUCAGUAACACAGUUGUUAAGCGAAUCUGGCUUCCCCAUUGACUUUGCUUGUCAAAGUUCUCAAAAGAUGAUCACAUGACCCCAGGACACUGCAACCAGUGGUGAAAUGUAAAAUUUGUUACUACCGGUUCUGUGGGUGUGGCUUGGUGGGGGGGUAAUAUGACUGAGUGGGCAUGGCCAACUUUUUUUUUUUACUUUUAAAACCAUUUUUUCUACAAUCUCUUCAGCUGAAGAGGUUGUAAAAAAAAUGCUUUUAAAGCCUCUGACGAUCCCAGCUGACUUGCCUGAUCCGCAGAGGCUUUUUUUCCUUUUAAAAGCAUUUUUUUCUAUAACCUCUUCGGCCGAAGAGGUUGUAGAAAAAAAUGCUUUUAAAAGCCUCUGACGAUCCCAGCUGAGCCACGUGAUCCGCAGAGCCU